ACCAACGAAGGUAUGGUGUCUCUCCGGGUCCUGCUCUGUGUAGCGUUCCUUGAUUUGAUCUCCGAUUUCUGCCACGGAUUUGAUGUCUGUAAUAACCUGAUAGAUGUGGAACAUGACUUGGAUAAAAAUGGAAACGUGCUUGCCUGCCGCUAUGAAAUUCUAAAGUUUGACCCGUCUGGAGUGUUUCUCAGAGAGGCAGUGUCCACUCCGGUCAACAAGACCCUGUGUCACGAGCUCCGGAACGCGGACACUUGUAAUCCAGACGGGUCCCUGGUUACCUGCCACCAUGUUCCUAAAUGGGAGAGAUACCCAGAGGGGGAAUUCAAUCCUCCAGAAGGAUGCACGUUCUCUCAGAAUCUACAGUGCGAGAUGGAGACAAUUUGUUUAAGUGCGACAGAAAAGCCCGUCACUGUGAGAACAACAGGAAAUAUGAAGACAGGAAGGGACAAAACGACUCUAAAUGGUAGAACCGGAGUCCCGACAAACAGACCUGUCCUAGUAAGCAUGAGGACUGACAUUACAACUGUUGGUACAGAAGACUUCAUUACAGAGAAAAAAGAGAAAUCUCAACAUGUUGUGAUUGAUGUUAAGAGACUAACGACAGCGGAACCAUCAUCAGCUGGGAAUAACAAGGACGAAAGUAUUUUCCUGUUGAUUCUGUCACUUUUAUCGAGUUUAUUUCUGAUUAACAAACAAGUUCUCUCACAAUUGAUGUAACAUUUUAAAACAAAGUCCAAGGUUAGAGUAUAGCAUCGCAAUAACAAAAACUUGAAAAUGAUACAUGUUGUGCUCAAUUUGGAUUGUUAAUGUGACAUUUUAGAAGAAUUGACAAAUCAUUCUUGUUGAAUUUACACCAGAUAAAAAAAUCCUACAAAUCUCCUAAAAUAGUCUGAGAAGCUGCACUUACAUGCAGUCGUGUUUUAUUUGAUCUUUCUUGGAAAUUCAGUUUAAUCUAAAUAUCACAAUUAUUGUUGGGUUAGUGGGCAUAAACACGUUGUUUAAUUCUCUUAGUGACAUACUUCUAAGAAUAUAACUGUAUUGUAAGGUAACGAAAUUACCAUAGAGCGUUUAUAAUCAUCUAAAUGAUGUUACUCAGUCCAUAAAAUAAUGGAGGUAUUGAAAUGAAUGAAGGAAAUACAAAAGUCAAUUAUGGUACCUAAAAUGCUUCGAAUAAACAAUGGUAACGACAAAGAAAUGAUUACAAUGAACUUUUAUUCCAAGUCUUCAAUAAAAGACAUCUUUUUAUUGGUUCCCUUUAUCAGUUGACGUCACGUAGAUUGUCAGAUUAGGAGUGAAGUUCUCGACAAUAGGUACACGUGCUCACACUACACACGUAGAAUUUCUCUGUGUCAAUAUAUGUUGUUUAAUUGUAUAUUAUUAUAUAUUUCGUACUUUCACUUUCAGUUGGUUAGAGUAAGUUUAUAUUGCAUCAUUCAUUGUUUUGUAGUGUAGCUCACGACAUCUCCAUCAAGCUUAAAAUUCGACAUAUUUUUUCUAUGAGACUUAACUUUGAAUGUCAUAUGUUAUAUCAAACGACAACAAGGGGUCUAUUUAAAUAUUGUAACCAAAUACAGUUAAGUGUUGAUUUGCUAUAUUUCAUGAUUUUAGUUUCGUACAUUCCUUGAUUUGAGAAUAUUUUGCAUCAUUGAAAGAGGGAAAAAAGAGAGAUUUCCUUGAAAAAUCAGAUAUUCGAUGUGAAAUAUAGUUGCACUGCUCGCAACAAUGUAACACAAAUUCAUAUGUCUUGUGCUGUAAUCUUGGUACAAAAUAAAUUGAAAAACGAUUUUGGAAAAACAAUUUGGAAGGCAGAUAUUUUGUUCUAUAUGAUUUACAAAUCAAAGUUUAUAAGCGAGUUUAUCACUGAAAGUCAAUUACUGCGCUUAUCCGAGACAAUAUAAGUGAUAGCACUUGUUUCCGAAUCCUGUUAAUUUUGCAUCUGUUUGUAUGUUUCAUGUAAUGCUUCAUUUAAUGAAUAUAGUUUAAACCAAUCAUUUAUGUUUAUUGAUACGUCUAUACACGUUAAUCCAUGUUGAUUGUGUUCCACGAGGUAACAGAGAUGUAGCCGAUGAAGAUAAUUCUAUGUACAAGUGACUCUCGAUAACUCCAAGUUCAAGGGACCUUGAUAAAACUUCGAGAAAUCGAGAGUUCGAAAUUCGGAAAUUGAAGGCCCACCGGUAUGGUUCAGAUUUUACAGUAACCGAAAAUGUAUACCAACAAGAUCAUAAUUAUGAUAUCGUUUUGACGUGUUUUCCUUCAUAUUCGUCAAGUAGUUUAAUUUGAUAUCAAAAUAUUAAAAAAAAAACAAACUGAUUUUGCAUUAAUAAAAACAUUUCAAAGUU